UCUCUCUCUCUCUCUCUCUCUCUCUCUCAGGCCAUCCCGUGUCGGAGGAUCCCGUGUCGUGCCAGCGCUCCCUCCAGGUCCUUCUUUGCUAGGGACAACACAGCUAACUUCCUGAGCUGGUGUCGUCAGGUGGGGGUGGGAGAGACCUGUCUGUUUGAGUCUGAGGGACUGGUUCUUCACAAACAGCCACGGGAAGUGUGUCUCUGUCUUCUACAACUGGGAAGGAUAGCAUCUCGGUACAACGUGGAGCCUCCGGGGCUUAUCAAGCUGGAGAAGGAGAUAGAACAGGAGGAGAAAGCACCUCUACCUCUACCUGUCUCCCUCUCUCCAUCCCCCUCUCCAUCCCCCUCUCCUAUGAAGUGCUCGUCAUCUAGCAAGAAGAGCACAGGGAAGCUGUUGGAUGAUGCUGUAAAGCAUAUCUCUGAGGACCCUCCCUGCAAGUGUCCCAAUAGGUUCUGUGUGGAGAGACAGGCCCAGGGCCGCUACCGGGUCGGGGAGAAGAUGCUCUUCAUCAGGAUGCUACACAACAAGCAUGUGAUGGUGCGUGUGGGAGGAGGCUGGGAGACCUUUGAGAGCUACCUGCUGAAACACGACCCAUGUCGGAUGCUCCAGAUCUCCAGAGUGGAUGGGAAGACCUCUCCCAUGUCCCCCAACACCAAGGACCUCACCCCAGUGAGCUACCUGGUGGUGGCAGCACACUACCGCAGCAAGAAGUAAAGAUGGCAGCACACCACCGCAGCAAGAAGUAAAGAUGGCAGCACACCACCACAGCAAGAAG